CCGGCUCAAGCCCUUCGGCCGCCACCGUCGCCGCCGCCGCCGCCUCCGACGCGAGAGAAGAAAUGUCCCACACAGGACCCCUCUCCAGGAACCUCUCUUGGAGCACCUUCCUGCGGGAGCGUGGCCCGGAAGUGCUGGAGGUUCCGGGCAUGACUGAUCUCAUGGAGUACUAUGAUCCGGGGCCCUCCCCUAACAGCACCAGCUCCGACGAGGUGGCCAUGCGGCUGGCCUUCAUCGGGGACGAGAUGGAAGUGAGAUGGAUGCUCCCCCGCGUUGGCGAGAUGCCCGGGAUGGCCAUGUACAGCUUGGCUUUUACCUACAACCAGACAGGCCUGAGAGGUGUUCUUAGAAGUUUCACGGAUGGUCUCGGCAACCUCAGGGAGAGCAUGCGGAUCUGGAGCUUCCUGACCUUCCGGAACAGGGUGCCCCCCAACCCAGGGCGCGGGCUGGUGCUGUCCCUGCUGCUGCUGCUGGUGCUGCUGCUAGGCUGGGGGCCCCAGCUCCAGUGACGCAGCCGCUGUGGGGGUGGGGGUGGGGGCUGGCCCCUCCC